AUUUAUUUCUUGUUGACUUUGAUGUUGUUGAGCAAGCAAAUUUGAUGUCUUUUGUGUUUCGAAAACAAUUUACUGUCUUGUCGCUGUGCAGAAUCCUGCACAGUAACGGCAGGAAAAUUUCUUUACGCUCACCGCCGAGGCAGAAGAGCGCAAAUUUUGAAUUAAUUUGUUCGUUGAAGGCUAAUGACUUGGUGCCAGUUCAUAAAUACAAAUCAAGUGUUACUGGUCUAACAGUUGCAAUAGCAGAAGUUGAAGGACCGGUAGUGAAUGGAUAUUUCUGUUUAGCCACUGAAGCACAUGAUGAUGAUGGACUUCCCCACACACUGGAGCACCUUAUUUUUCUUGGAAGUGAAAAUUAUCCCUACAAAGGUGUACUUGAUUUACUUGCAAAUAGGUGUCUAGCUUCAGGAACAAAUGCAUGGACUGAUACAGAUCACACAUGCUACACGAUGACAACAGCUGGCAGUGAGGGGUUUCUCACAUUGAUGCCUAUAUAUUUGGAUCAUAUUUUGUAUCCUACUUUAACUGACUCCGGAUUCAUCACUGAAGUUCACCACAUCACAGAAGAAGGGGAAGAUGCAGGGGUGGUUUAUUGUGAAAUGCAAGGCCGUGAAAACAUGGGCGAAUCAAGAUCUCAUUUGGCAAUGGUACGAGGUGUCUACCCUGGUGUCUGUGGCUAUAAAUCAGAAACUGGAGGCAUUAUGAAGAACUUGAGGGAAAGCACUGAUAACACAAAGGUGCGCAAUUACCAUAAACAGUUCUAUCGACCAGAGAACCUGACUUUAAUCAUUACUGGACAAGUGAAACCAGAAGAUGUCUUCGAAGCUUUGGUCCCACUUGAGGAGAAAAUUGUUUCUAAGGGAAAUAGGGCCCCCUUCACACGUCCGUGGCAGUCGCCAGUGCCUCCGCUGACUGAAAGCUUGGAUUUGGAAGUACCAUACCCAUGCGAUGAGGAGGAUCAUGGUAUGGUCUACAUCGCAUGGCGGGGCCCCUCUGCAGUCAAGGAACUAUAUAGAAUGUGUGCCUGCUCUGUGAUGCUGAAGUACUUGACGGAUACAUCUGUCAGUCCAUUGCAGAAGGAAUUUGUUGAAAUAGAUGAUCCAUAUGCUAGUAAGGUGGGCUACUCUUUGGCAGAGAAUUCUGAAUCAAUGUUAUAUCUGAUCUUUGAGAAUGUUCCUAAUCAGAAACUGUGCUUGGUACGUGAUCGUUUAAUGCAAGUACUCAAUGGAAUAGCACGUGGUGACGAAAAAAUUGAUAUGCGCCGCAUGCGUGCAGUUAUUCACAGACAAAUUCUGGAAUCUCUUAGUCAUUUGGAGAACAGCCCUCAUGACAGCAUUGCAUUCAUGAUUAUCGGUGACAUGUUAUAUGGGAACACCAAAGAAGAUCUAGACCAUCGCUUAAAUCAAGUUGAAGAUCUUCGUCAAAUGGAACGAGAACCGGAAGACUUUUGGAUAGGACUACUAAGGAAACACCUAGUGGAGGCACCAAGCGUAACAGUGCGCGGUGUGCCAAGUAUAACUGAACAAAAACGUAUGGCUGAUGAGGAACGUCAGAGGGUUGAGGCCCAGAGACAGUCUUUGGGCAAGGAAGGGCUAUCAGAAAAAGGGGAGAAACUCCGCCAUGCUAUGUUAGAGAAUGAGAAACCACCUCCAGAAGAGAUGCUGACAUCAGUGCCAAUUCCUAGUAUAGCGUCCAUAAAUUUUCAUCCUAUUAAGCGAUACACAACUGAUUCAUCAGAACAGCACCCUAAAUUCGACCUUUCUGGUGUGCCAGUACAGAUGCAUCUUGAUGAUAUUCAUACAAAUUUUAUCUAUAUGUUUGUGCUGAUGGAUACUUCAGUCAUUGAUCAGAAUCUCAGACCAUAUCUUCCACUAUUGUUGGAUUCUCUUCUGGAACUACCUAUACAGCGGGGUGAUAAAUUAGUUCCAUACGAAGAAGUAGUUGCUGAAUUGGAGGAGGAUACAGUCGGAAGCAGUACUCGCAUAGGGCUGGAAUCUGGAUCGAGGUUUCAGUGUGGCCCUUAUUCACAUACAGCUUUACUUACAUUACAACUUGAGCCUGAAAAAUAUGAACGCUGUAUUGUUUGGAUACGAGAACUCCUGUAUCAAACCAAAUUUGUGUCAGAACGGCUUCGUGUCAUUGCUUCGAAAAUUGCAAAUGAUGUAGCACAAGCUAAGAGGCAAGGAAACAGUGUCACAAAGGAUCUAAUGAGGGGUUUGUGCUUCAGUAAAGAAAGUAAUCACUAUUCUGCUGGGAUGAUAAGGCAGCACAAAUUCCUUACAUCCUUGAUUGAAAAACUGGAUUCAAGAGAAAAAUGUAGUGAGGUAAUAAAUGAGAUGGAAAAAGCUAGACAGUUGCUCACAGAUCCAGGCAACAUGGUAGUCCAUUUGUCAACGAAUGUGGAUCAGCUCGUCACAAAAUACCCCGAUCCAGUAAAACCAUGGGAGAAACUACUACCUGAGGAUAAAACUCCAGCAAAGAAGCAACUUGCCGUGACUCCAGACUGGUCUCUGUUGGUGCCUCCAUCAGAAUGCAUUGGUAAAGGAUGUGUUGUUGGGUUAGGCUGUGUCGAGUCGUGUUUCCUGUGCCAAACUACAACUUCUAUAAAAACUUUUGAUGAUCCAGACCUGGCACCACUGCUACUCUUUCUUCAGUAUUUGACUCAGCUUGAGGGACCCAUGUGGAGACAAAUAAGAGGUCAAGGUUUAGCAUAUAGUUACAGUAUAAUACCGAGGCCACAUGAGGGACUUCUGCAUCUGACACUUUAUCGAGCCACUAAUUGCAUUGCGGCAUAUAAAGAAGCAAAAAGUAUUGUUGAUUCUCAUCUAGGUAAAGAUGUCAAAUGGGAUCAGACAUUGUUUGAUUCAGCAAAAAGUUCCCUAAUUUUUGAAAUCAUAGAACGUGAGAAGAGUGUGGGAGAUGUGGUAACGCAGUCUCUACUGUCAUAUUUUAAAGGUGUUGAUCAGAACUACAAUAGGCAUCUAGUGCAGCUCAUAUCGCAAGUCACCGUUGAGGACUUGACACAAAUUGGUCCAAAAUAUGUAGCUCAACUCUUCGAUCCAGAGAAAUCUAAAACAACUCUUGUGUGUCAUCCUACAAAAUCAGAGGAAAUUUCAUUGGGAUUUAAAGCGAUGAACAAAAAUCUCCAAGUUUACAACAGCCUAGAAGAAAGCUAUCUAAGUCAGUGGUAACUGCCAUGAUAGUGGACUAUUGCAAAUCAAAAUUGGAGGGUUUACUGAGAUUAAAGAUGAUGAUACAUCCUUUAUAAUUAAUGAACAUCAAGGAAUAAUGGUGUGGUCCCUGAUCAGACAUGCCUGAGUCUGUAUUGCCAGUUUGAAUGUUGCUUAUGCAGCGUGGAUAAUUUAUUAAACUUGAUUAGUUUCUUUUCUUGUGAUGAGGAUGCACUGUUAUUAACAUGAUUGUCAUGGUUAUGAAGUUCAUCAAUUGCAUUUUGUUUCAUUUCAAAUGCUAUCAUGUUUGUUUCUUGGCAAAAUCAGACUGUUGACCAAGAUAGUCAUAAUUACAUAAACAUUUGGAGUACCGAAAUUGCUCUUGCCAGAGUGCAUUUUUAUUUUUUGCUGUGUUGCAUUUCUGUAGCCAUUAUUAAUUUAUCUCCGAGAUUGGCAGUUGUAUGCCUCCACUGAAAACAAAUGACCAAACUCAAUUUUUCUACUGGUGCUUUUGUACAUUAGCAUUUGCACUUUUUGAAGUUUGUUUUUUAAAAAAAUAUAUUGUGUUUGAAAUGUAAUAAAGAGUACAUAUUUUUUACAUCAAAUAAAAGUACAUUGUUGACUACUGCAAA